CUCUUGUUCUACCAAAUACCCAUCUGCUUCGUGAUACCCUUGCUUUCUUUCUCCAUUGCUUCCGUCUCUCCCAUUUUCAGCAUGAACGACCAACCACCUAUUGGGGGCUACUACGCGCCGCAGACAUCAUCCGCUCCUCCCAACUCUGCGCUGGAGUCAGAUUAUCCUGCUCCUCUAUCUGUAAAGCCCAAAAGCUAUCCGCCGCAUUCCGAGGCACCUCCAGCCCCAUUGAGCAUGGAGGGACCUCCAUCUUCUGAGCCGUUCAAUCAAGCCCCUGCUUUUGGCCAGCCAGCCCAAAAUAACGAUGGCGCAUCAACAGUAGCACAAUCUCAGCACUACGAGGCGUACCAUCCUCCUAAUGACGACCUUUCCCCGCCCUUCUCGGAGCAACCGGGCCCUGAAUUACACCAGCCGAUUAUGAAUCCUGCGUAUCCCCCCGAAAAGCCCCAAGGCGCAGCGGACACUGCAAUGGUGCCAUCAAAUGCCCCCCAACCACUUGGCGUACAGCAGUACCAACCGCCAUUGCCUCCACGCCGCAUACCAUCAAGCUUCGGAGCCGAUGACCCAUCCAACCCCGUGCACUACACCCGCGACCCACACAAGCUCGUCGCAUAUCUAGUCCCCUUCCCGAAACCACGAGUCCACGUGCCCGGCGCUACCCUAUCUCAGGUCCCUGAACGGUUUCUGAUCUACACGCCUCCGCCGCCGCCGCUUCAGAAGCCAGCUGAAGGCGUCAAAGAAGACCGCAUGCACAAGGUGCAGCGGAAAUGGGAAGAAGAAGUCCGCGCAGCCAAGAACAGCACCGCCAAAACAGCAAGCUGGCAGGGUGCCAAAAGCAAAGCCACUAAAGGCAUUAGCUGGGCGAUGUCGCAGACGAAGUCGGCGAACCUCGAGUUUCUGACUCGGCUGGGUGAGGAUCGGAAAAGCGGACCGGCUCGAACCGAUACCAAUGCAGCAGAAGGCGGCGUGGAAGGAGAUGCUACGCAUAAGACUGUCGCACUGGAAGAGAUGGUCCUCAUAUAUCCCUCCACCAUGCCCGGCACGCAGGAGGAGCUUCGUGCCGAAUUUGUUAACUCGAUGAUGCGCUCCAAAUCGAAAGCGCAGCGAGAUGCGGUCAUAGCAACUGGUCUGAUCCCCGUCUCAUUUGCCAUUGAUGUCCUCGCUACUAUCGUAUGGCCGUUCGGUGGGUUGCUGGAGAUCGAUAGCGUGUGGGCGUAUUCGUCUAUCCGAGGGGCGAAGACGGCUCGUUCGACAACGAAGCGUCUCAAAUCAUCCAACGAGGAUAGUGGCGGGAAUGAGCAACAGCUACGGCUAACAUUCACACCAUCCCCAAGGCUCGAGAUCUUAGGUCAGUACCUGGCAGCUCGUUGUCAUGAACGUGAUGCCAAGCUGUUUGGCUCCCCGGGCGUUCCCCCGACAGAGACGACUGUAUUGGAGGCGAUCGGGUGGUCGCAGUCUGGGCAUUUCAAGAACUGGGAAGACGAGCAGUGGGAGAUUGCUGAGGUGAAGGAAGAUAUUAAGUCGGUCAUGAGCAAGGGAGCCCGAGAAUGGGAUAAGUGGUGUAAGGACUUUGAGAAGAAUCCAGAGAAGGCGGCCAAGAAGUAGAAUCGCUAGAGAUCACUUAGUAUGAUUUCGGGGUUAUAUAUUCCUAGCUUGUCGUUCAGAAAUGACUUCUUAUGAUUUGUCUAUGUCCGUAGCCGUCCGUAUUACGGACUCACAGCAGUGUCUUAUUCUACCGCCUCUAUGCCAC